GAGCGGAGGGGAGCAGAGCGGGACUACCCUGACAACACAAGAGGAACACUUCACUGCCAGACACCAGCUGCUGCAUCUUAUUACCGGACCUUUCGGAUCUCUUUCUGCUUGUCUUGUUUGCCUGGCACUGGUCGGCGCACACGACAAAUGUCAUCUCAUUAGACUGAUUGAACAGUCACCAUGGUUUUUUUUUUUGGUUUUUUUUGUGAAAGAUGAUUUUGCUCGGGUGGUCAAGUUUAUUACUGAGAGGAUCUAAGAGAUUGAGGACUAAAUCCAACAAAGACUUACGUGCAACUGAAGAUCGGAAACAGUAGUCUUUCUGGAUUUUUCAUCUUAAUAACCUUUCUCACUAAAAAGGCUUUUUCAGCAAGAGUUUAACAGAAGUAAAGCAACAAGAGAUAAGAGAUAAGUGUUAAUGUUGGUGCUGAUAGGAUAGGAUAGACUUUUAUUUAUCUCACAAUGUGGAAAUUAGGUGGUUGCAGUGCAGAUUUGCAGACUUUUCACAUCAUCACUGCUGACUCACCAGUGGGUCAGAGAUGCCAUGCAUCAUUGUAUGCAGGAUGGAAAUGCCAAUAGCCUCUAAACAGUCAAUGUAAUUUAGAUGGUAAGCCUCAGACCAGAGUUAAACUGACUGAUUACUUCAUGAAUGUACCAAUAGAAGUUUGAAUAGAUAUUCUAACAAACUCAUUGUUACAAGUUCCACAACCUAACAACCAAAGAAAGACGUACUGUCUCACGGAAAUGAAACAAAAAUGAUAGGAACUAUCUUAAAACUGUCUAACUGAAAUUUAUUCACUUUUGAAUGUAAACUUAAACAUUGCAGCGUAACAAUGCACGUUGUAAAACCCUCAGCUAAACCCUAAACUAGUCAUUGUAACUGAAAUGUACUCACUUUUGUUCGAUUUUAACUUAAAUCUGUUGGAUGUUAUCCUGAACUGUUAACACAUCGUUAACAGUUAACAAUGGAUCAUUGUAAAUGAAAUGCUUUAGUGUUGAUGGAAUGAAUUCAGCACCUAGCACCUUCUCAUUAGCAUUUUGUAAAUGUACUUUUAUAAAGUGUAGGAAGCACAGUCUUUCAGUUGACUCACCAAUCAGUCUGUCAGACGGUCUGCUUCAUUUCAUCUGAGCUCCCGGGGUCAAGGUACACACAGCUGCUCUUCUUGGAUCUUUAAUUAUGGAGUGAUGUAUUUAUGGGCAGACCACAAGGCCAUUGGACUGUGAUCAGUUGGAGCUCAUUACAACUGAUGACAUCACACCCAGAAGAUUUUCAUCCUAUUUCGCUCUCAUUUCUUUAAGCUGAUUUGACUGCCUCAACAGUCCGAGCUCACAUCUUUGCAUUCACCUUGAUGAAAUGCGGUGAACUGAAGUAACCCCUGUCACUUAAAGAUGGCAGUGACUCAUCUCGAGCUGGAGCUUUGCUACCAGGGGAACAAGUUACGUGGCGUGACGUGGAAGCUAACGCGCUCGGAACAUGGCUUUCUACCUGAGAGCUCGUGGCUCAUCGCUCUGCAGGUCCUGGUACCGUUCCUGGUGUCAGGCCUUGGACUGGUCUUUGCCGGUGUCGUCAUGGACCUAAUACAACACUGGGAUGUUUUCAAGGUGAUCACAGAGGUGUUUAUCCUGGUACCUGCGCUGGUCGGACUCAAAGGAAACCUGGAGAUGACCUUAGCUGCCCGCCUCUCCACUGCUGCCAACACGGGACAGAUGGAUGACCCACACAAACAAUGGACCAUGGUGUGCAGCAACCUGGCACUGAUACAGGUACAAGCGACGGUUGUGGGCUUCCUUGCUGCUGUUGCAGCUGUGUGUUUAGGAGCCAUUUCCAGAGGGGGCAUUGAGUUGGACCAGGCAGCUGUUCUGUGUGCCAGCAGCAUCUUCACCGCAUUUGUUGCCGCUCUCUCUUUAGGCCUGUUGAUGGUUGGUGUAAUCAUCGGCUCAAGGAAAGUGGGAAUCAACCCGGACAAUGUGGCCACCCCCAUAGCCGCCAGUUUGGGUGAUCUGAUCACCCUGUCCCUGCUGGCCGGAGUCAGCACCACCCUAUAUGAACACAUAGAUACCUGGUACCUUUCCCCCCUGGUGUGUGUGGUCUUCCUGGCCCUGAUUCCGCUGUGGGUGGUGGUGGCCCGACGGAACCCUCAGAGCAAAGAGGUUCUUUAUUCAGGGUGGCAGCCGGUUUUAGUCGCCAUGUGUAUUAGCAGCCUUGGAGGCUUGAUACUGGACAAGACGGUCAGUAAUCCCAAUUUCCAGGGGAUGGCUGUUUUCACACCAGUUAUAAAUGGGGUCGGUGGCAACUUGGUGGCCAUCCAGGCCAGCAGACUCUCCACCUACAUGCACCUCUGGAGCAUCCCUGGGGUGUUACCCUACAAGAUGAGGCAGCAUUGGCCCAAUCCCUGCAUGACAUUCUUUUCCUCAGGUCUGAACUCCAAGUCGGCGCGUGUGCUGCUGAUGUUGGUCAUGCCCGGUCACCUGGUCUUCCUCUACGCUAUCUCGCUGUUGCAGGGUGAUGAGGUGCCAAUCACGCUCACCUUUGCCGCCUGCUACCUGUGUGCUGCUGUGCUGCAGGUGUCCAUCUUGCUUUAUGCGGCCGACCUCAUCGUCCGCCUGAUGUGGCGGCGAUCGCUGGACCCCGACAACUUCUCCAUCCCGUACCUGACGGCCCUGGGGGACCUGCUGGGCACGGGCUUCCUGGCCCUGUGCUACCGCUGCGUGUCUCUGGUCCACACGCAGGAGCUCUGAACGCAGGUCUACAUUUCAGCCGGAACUUUCACCUUCUCCUCCCUUCCACUAAGCACUCCCCGCCAUGCUAGGGAAUCCAAGUCAUGACUCUUAGCAGGUGGAAAGACCGCACAGGUAACACGUUCAUCACCUGUCAUCGUCGCCAUGGAGCCGUCCUCCCCCCGUAUUUUUUUUAUUUUUUUUUUUAGGACGGACAGUCUGUAACGAAGCUCAUCAAUUCCGUGACAACAUGCUGCGCACGGACAUUUGUAAGAACGCGCAAGGCAGAUAAUGCACGUCUGCACGAGGUGAAUCCUUUUUUUUUCCCCUUCUAAAAAUAGUCUAAAAGAUCAUUUUCCUCAUGUUUUAACAAGUCAUGUUUGUUGCUUUGUGUGCAGUUUUAAAGCAAACAUUAUUUCACUCAGGGGUGUCCAAGCUUUUUACAGCUGGAGCCACAUUCAGCCAAAUUGAAUGGUAGAUUUUGUACAUUAAAACCUCUUAAAGGCCUACUGAAAUGACAUUGUUUUAUUUCAACGGGGAUAGCAGAUCCAUUCUAUGUGUCUUACUUGAUCAUUUCGCGAUAUUGACAUAUUUUUGCUGAAAGGAUUUAGUAGAGAACAUCGACAAUAAAGUUCGCAACUUUUGGUCGCUGAUAAAAAAAAAAAGCCUUGCCUGUACCGGAAGUAGCGUGACGUCGCAGGUUGAAAGGCUCCUCACAUUUCCCCAUUGUUUACACCAGCAGCGAGAGCGAUUCGGACCGAGAAAGCGACGAUUACCCCAUUAAUUUGAGCCAGGAUGAAAGAUUUGUGGAUGAGGAACGUGAGAGUGAAGGACUAGAGUGCAGUGCAGGACGCAUCUUUUUUCGCUCUGACCGUAACUUAGGUACAAGCUGGCUCAUUGGAUUCCACACUUUCUCCUUUUUCUAUUGUGGAUCACGGAUUUGUAUUUUAAACCACCUCGGAUACUAUAUCCUCUUGAAAAUGAGAGUCGAGAACGCGAAAUGGACAUUCACAGUGACUUUUAUCUCCACGACAAUACAUCGGCGAAGCACUUUAGCUACGGAGCUAACGUGAUAGCAUCGGGCUUAACUGCAGAUAGAAACAAAAGACUGGAAGGAUAGACAGAAGAUCAACAAUACUAUUAAACCAUGGACAUGUAACUACACGGUUAAUGCUUUCCAGCCUGGCGAAGCUUAACAAUGCUGUGGCUAACGACGCCAUUGAAGCUAACUUAGCAACGGGACCUCACAGAGCUAUGCUAAAAACAUUAGCGCUCCACCUACGCCAGCCAGCCCUCAUCUGCUCAUCAACACCCGUGCUCACCUGCGUUCCAGCGAUCGACGGCGCGACGAAGGACUUCACCCGAUCAUCCGUGCGGUCGGCGGCUAGCGUCGGAUAGCGCGUCUGCUAUCCAAGUCAAAGUCCUCCUGGUUGUGUUGCUGCAGCCAGCCGCUAAUACACCGAUCCCACCUACAGCUUUCUUCUUUUCAGUCUUCAUUGUUCAUUAAACAAAUUGCAAAAGAUUCACCAACACAGAUGUCCACAAUUCUGUGGAAUUUUGCGAUGAAAACAGAGCUUUUUGUAUUGGAUUCAAUGGUGUCCGAAUACUUCCGUUUCAACGAUUGACGUCACGCGCGUACGUCAUCAUACCGCGACGUUUUCAACCGGAAGUUUAGCGGGAAAUUUAAAAUGUCACUUUAUAAGUUAACCCGGCCGUAUUGGCAUGUGUUGCAAUGUUAAGAUUUCAUCAUUGAUAUAUAAACUAUCAGACUGCGUGGUCGCUAGUAGUGGCUUUCAGUAGGCCUUUAAAGCCCAAGUUGUUUGUUUACCGUAUUUUUCGGAGUAUAAGUCGCUACGGAGUAAAAGUCGCACCGGCCGAAAAUCCGUAAUAAAGAAGGAAAAAAACAUAUAUAAGUCGCACUGGAGUAUAAGUCGCAUUUUUUGGGGUAAAUGUAUUUGAUAAAAGCCAACACCAAGAAUAGACAUUUGAAAGGCAAUUUAAAAUGUCUAAAGAAUAGUGAACAACAGGCUGAAUAAGUGUACGUUAUAUGAUGCAUAAAUAACCAACUGGUAUGUGAACGUAACAUAUUGUGGUAAGAGUCAUUCAAAUAACUAUAACAUAUAGAACAGGGGUCACCAACGCGGUGCCCGCGGGCACCAGGUAGCCCGUAAGGACCAGAUGAGUAGCCCGCCGGCCUGUUCUAAAAAUAGCUCAAAUAGCAGCACUUACCAGUGAGCUGCAUCUAUUUUUUAAAUGUUAUUUAUUUACUAGCAAGCUGGUCUCGCUUUGCCUGACAUUUUUAAUUCUAAGAGAGACAAAACUCAAAUAGAAUUUGAAAAUCCAAGAAAAUAUUUUAAAGACUUGGUCUUCACUUGUUAAAAUAAAUUCAUUAUUUUUUUUACUUUGCUUCUUAUAACUUUCAGAAAGACAAUUUUAGAGAAAAAAUACAGCCUUAAAAAUUAUUUUACGAUUUUUAAACACAUAUACCUUUUUACCUUUUGAAUUCCUUCCUCUUCUUUCCUGACAAUUUAAAUCAAUGU